UAGACGCCAAAUUGAUCUAAAGCUGCAAUUUGACACAACAGCAACAUAUGGCGCGAUUCUAAUAAAAGAUAUUCCCAUCCUUUACAUCAGUCAAGUGACAGAGGCCGGCCAGAGUAGGUCGCAUGUAAUGUCGAUUUACUGUUUGCAAUGACUGCUACAAUAGGAGUGACAUUCGGUGCUGGAUCUGCUGCCAAGCGUAUUCUGCUUUUCGCCAUUAAUGUUACAGUACUACUUCUGGGAGUAACGUGUUCAGUAUUAUGUCUUUAUCAAGUUAAGUUGAUGCCCGAAACAUACGAUGUGAUUGUUGCUGCUGUGCUGGAAUCCAACUUGACAACAGCAGUACCCGUCCUACCACCUGCCGUCGUUGUCAUCGAUAUACGCAAUAACAACAACAACAAGAAUGGAAGAAACACAACCCGGCCUGGUUCUAAUAAAGGACGUCCCCGGGUUAGUCGAUAUGUUACACCCAAAAAAGGCAACACGACCAAUCAGCACACGCCCGUUUCGCCUGUCACCUUCAUGAAAAACAUUACUAGUUUAAUUGAAACCGGUUCAACAAGUUCUAUGGAGGUGCAGCGUCUGGAUUUCACGAAAACAGUGGCCUUGUCCCAAACAGGUACAACUGCGUCGUUUACGACAAGUUCUAUGAUGGCGAAAUCGUCAGUUACAAGCAGCCACACCACGACUACCCAAGUAGUAACAUCAACUUCAUUGAUGAAUACGAUGAAGGAGACGAUCGAUUUUGGUCAGGUUUUAAAAAAUCGAAUAGCGGAAUUAGAAAACGAGUUAAGACUAGCGCAACUUAGGGAGAAAGUUGACAAAUCAAUCGAGCAAGAAAACAAAAUGAUUACGACUCUUUCAUCGAUGAUAUCAUCGCCAAUUGGGGAAUUCAAUUUCUCGGAUACUCAAUCGUCACCGCUCCCGUUUGCAAUUACGUCGGCGAGUUGGCCCAGCAGUUCAAUAUCCACACCUGCUCCGCAACAACUCACUAUGACAACGCAGACUUGGCCCAUUUCGACAACUGAAAAAUAUUCUUCUUAUCCUGCAUCUCUGAUAUCCACAUCUUCGUUAACAAACGCAGUUUCGUCAACAACGACCACGUUAUCUCCCACGUCUCAACAAACUUUUGCUACAACAUCGAUAGUAAAACCAGAUGGAACAAUGCCAACUAUGACACCAUCGAAUACUUCUACAGUCUCUUCAACUCCUGCAUCCACAAUAACAUCUUUGCUUUCUACAACAAGCUCAGCAACUACCCGAUUUCAAUCAAGACCAAUCGUAUCUGUAGCCACUUCUACAACUUUCAAAGCUUCGCAGACCUCAACGUCUAGCACAUCAUCGGCUCCAACGCCUGGAAAAACAUCAAUCCUUACGUCUGCAACAAAAAUGACGUCUACCGCUUCAGCAACGCCAGCUCGGAUAGUUACAAAGAUACCGAAAACAACGUUCGCUUUAACUUCAGCAACCUCUAAUGAAGUGCCUUCAACCAAGACAUCAACACGGGAGACGUCCACAGCUGGAGAAAUCUCAAUAACGUCAGCAAUGCCUCCAGCGGAAGCAUCCCUUAGCACCGUCUCGCAGACAACAUCACAAGAACAAGUUUCCUCGACAUUAAUCAAAGCAAUAAUUAAUCAUACGCCGUCAACGACAUCUUCGCUCUCGUCUCCGAUGCAGCCCGCUACCCCAUUAACGACACUGCUUAUGGCAACUAGUUUAUCUUCGUCCGUUUCAACAGAGAGAACUUCACCAUCAUUUUCGGAGACCACGACUACCAAUCGACCCUUAACUACCACGAAUGCAACAUCGCCCAUAGGGUCAUCGACAAAAAGCAUUAGUACGUCUACCACAACGCCCAGCUCCUUGGGCUUUAUCAACUUGACGAACGUCGUAGAUACUAUCAGUAAAUGGGUUGGCCGACGUGAUCUGUCUAAACAUAGACUUUAUAAGAGGUCCUCUGUGUCUACGGUCCCGCCAGCCGUCCAUUCAGCCGAUACGUUAACAGCUGACCACAUUCCAAUCUACUUUGAACAAGUCUUUUUCUUCGUCCAGACUAGCCUCUAUGUUUGUACUGCUGCUGGUCUACUGAUCUUCUUCUCGUCACUGGUCGGCAUAUGUGGUGGCCUAUUUCGCAUUGAUGGCUGCCUGAAAUUCAGCGUCGCAGCACUUGUUCUGGUCAUCAUGGCAGAAAUGGCAACAACCGCUUUCAUAUUUGUUGCGCACGAUAAGGCCAGCAAUCGUAACAAAAACAAGAACUUUGAUCGCGAUUUGAAACUUCUAUGCGACUUGGCUAACUUCUGUAUUCAGCCAAUGUUGCUUGUCAUCACUGGCUCUUUUUUGUGCAUCUCGGUUGUUUUGCAGAUUGGUUCCAUCACGCUGGCUUGCAAUUUAAUGGACAAUCGGUCCGCAACUGAUCCAGACAAAAAACUUCGCCGGAUGAUGCGUUCUAGUCAUUCCAAUUUCCAGUUUGGAGCCGGAAAUGCGCAAAUGAAUCCGUACUCGAAUCCAAUGCCGAUGCCGUGCUGCGGAGGUGGAGGAUACGGAGGUAUGAAUAGCAAUCUCUUUCCUUAUUCUUCGCCCAUGACGAUGCCGAUGCAAAAUAUGGGAUAUUAUCCACCUGUUUUCAGCGUCCCGGGGCAGCGGCCCAUCGUCAACAUUAUCUCGUGAUGUCAAUUUAAAAGCCGUUUAUUAUUCAAUUCAGCUUGCGUUAAAUUAUUGGGAGUUUUGUUUUCUUUCGUCCGAGCAACGUUUCAUUAUGUCGUCAAUUUUCCUGUUUGUUUUUUUAAAGAUCCAGUUUUU